AUUUAUGGUGACUAUCUGCUAGAGCAUAGACUAACGUACUUUAAAAAGGGACGCGAGCACGAGAGCCCUGCCCUAGUUAGAAAGCGCGUAUUAAACUUGCUGAGCACUUCUGGGGCCCAGUAGCCAACUGGGGUCUCCCCAUCGCCGCCAUCAAUGACAUGAAAAAGUCUCCAGAGAUUAUCAGUGGGCGGAUGACGUUUGCCCUCUGCUGUUACUCUCUGACCUUCAUGAGAUUCGCCUACAAGGUGCAGCCUCGCAACUGGCUCCUGUUCGUGUGCCACGCCACCAACGAGGUGGCCCAGCUCAUCCAGGGCGGGCGGCUCAUCAAGUACAACAUGAAUAAGAAGGCAGCAGCGUGACCGGGCAGGGACCCGGCUCCGUCAUCAGGACAGGACGCCCUGCUGAGGAAGACCCGCUGAGUGCCGUUUUACUAACCCAACUAUUUCCACCCACAGCGAGAGCCCCCGAGCCCCUGACCCGCCCCAGCUGCCUCCCACGUACUGACUACUCUCCUCCUCCCCCUGACCAGCCGUCACACAGGCAGGCAUUCCGUGACCCCAGCGAUGCUUUCUCUGAGGCCGUGUCGUUAUCUGUUAGAAUUUGCUGAACGCGCACGGGAAGAGAACAAAGCCUGUGACCCUCACACCUGGGACUCAGAGCCCUGGCCUUGUUCCGUAGUGACCAUGAGACCCCCCAGCUGCACCCUCAGGUCUCACCCCGGGUUUGAAGAGUUGCCCUGUCCAUGCAGUGUGUGUCCUGAAAUGCUGACUUAACGGCAAUAAAUGACUUAAAUAUUAGUCAGUGA